CAGGCUGUCGCUGUGGUAACGUCACGAAGCGCUGAGUGUCCCAAGAACCCGAUGUGUCGCAGAAAUGACGUCACGUAUCCCGAGUGCCCCUGCGGCUGAGGCCUAGUCAGCCUGGGUGGAAGUGUGAGAGUUGCACGGUGUGAGGGUAACUAGAGCUGGCUGCACAAUGAGUACCAUGUUCGCAGACACAGUGCUCAUUGUCUUCAUCUCAGUGUGCACCGCGCUGCUGGCGGAAGGUAUCACAUGGGUCCUAGUUUACAGAACAGAAAAGUACAAGAGAUUAAAGGCAGAAGUGGAAAAGCAAAGUAAAAAAUUGGAAAAGAAAAAAGAAUCCAUAACUGAAUCUGCCGGACGCACGCAGAAGAAGAAAAUAGAGCGACAAGAAGAGAAGCUGAAGAACAAUAACCGAGACCUGUCUAUGGUCCGUAUGAAGUCCAUGUUUGCCAUUGGAUUUUGUUUUACAGCAUUGAUGGGCAUGUUCAACUCUAUAUUUGAUGGGCGCGUAGUGGCAAAGCUUCCCUUUGUUCCCCUCUCUUACAUUCAGGGGCUAUCCCACAGGAACCUGCUGGGGGAAGAUUACACAGACUGCUCCUUCAUCUUCCUGUAUAUCCUGUGCACCAUGUCCAUCCGCCAGAAUAUCCAGAAGAUGCUGGGUCUAGCUCCCUCCAGAGCAGCUACCAAACAAGCCGGGGGGUUCCUGGGACCCCCACCCCAAGCUGGGAAAUUCUCUUAAUUCACUUGAAAAGGACAAUAUGAGAUGAACACUGCCACCUGUCCCUUUGCUAAUCCUUAUACAAGAACACUCAGACUGCAACCUGCACUACAGAUAAUGACGUUUCAUCAAUUCCUCUUUGUGAUCUCUCCAGAACAAGAGAAUGUGUCCUCUUCUUGUUCCAUAGCGCUUUGGCUGUACAUAGCUUAGUGCGUACCCUGCACAUCAGUCGCCUAGAUUGUUAUUGUCAUAAAUCUCUUCAGUGACGCACAUUUUUAUCAAGAUUUUCUUAUAGUUCAUCGUAUGUUAUUCAACCUGAAACCAGUAUUCAUUUCAUGGGCUGUGGUAUUGUUUUGAAUCAGUUGUUUGCUUCUUUAGUUUAAAAAUCAUACAAAGAUUAUAGUUUCCAAAAAUAUACUCUACAUCUCUCCAUCUGCAACACAGAUUGUGCCUAUUCUCUUUAACAGCCUCAUUCUAGAGAUGGGCGAAUGUUUCUAAAAAAUUUAAAAUGAAUUUUGAUACGUUCGUUCAAAUCGAAUUUCGAAUGUUUAUAUAACAUUCUAUUUUCGAAUUUUCGUUUUCGAAAUUUUUCAAUAAAAUUCGAAAAUAUUCAUUUGCAUAAUAGAAUGUUUAGCUAUGUAUUUAUUCAAUUUCGAAAUGUAAUAUUCGAAUGCUACAUUCGAAAUAGUAUUUCUAGUUUAAUACUGUAUUUUAUAAAUGUAAUAUUCGAAUGUCGCAUUCAAAUUCAAAAGUUACAUUCAAAAACUGUAAAUAACAUUCGAUAAUAGAAUUUUUAAGAAUAUUCGUUCUUAUCAACAUUCUAUUAUGUAAAUCGAAUUUCUACAAUAACAUUCGAAUUUGAAUAUAAACUCAUUCGCCCAUCCCUACCUCAUUCCUGUGAUUUCAAUGUAUUUGGUUUCUGAGACUGUGUGACUAUCUAGGUUUUUGGCAGCAAUUUUCAAAAACAAAAAAAAUAUAAAAUUUUAAUUUUACUUAUACAGAUAUAUUUUCUCCUGGCCCUGCAAGUGGAAAUCAUUUUAAACGUGGCCCCUAGUAUGUUGAACAGCUGGGUGGGAUAUUCAUAUUAUCAUGAAGUUUGUGUUAUCAAAUGUAUUAUAAGUACCACCCACUUCUAAAAUAAGAAAUGUUAGUUAUUGUAGAGACUUGCAGUGGUCUUUAUAAUAAUGAUGUAACGUUACAGCGAUUCCUGAGACUGAAGAAGCAUUCGUGGUCAAUGCAGGAGCCCAAAAACGCAAUUUUACUUAAAAUGCCAACUGCAGAAUGGUACGGAAGUCGCCACUUUUUCUUUACUCCGGAGAUUGUUAAAAAUAUUAACUAUUUACUUUUCCAAUUGUAGAGUCUGUUUAAUGUCACAAAAUUCUAUAAAUUAUGGCAAAUGUAACUUUUUUGGGUGUGUUUAGUUUGUUUUGUUUUUUUAAGUAAAAAGUAUGCAUAGCUAAAAAAUGCAAUUCACUUGUGUGGUCAGCAGAGUAAGAGUGUGUGUGUGCAUUUAAAGCAUUUUAAAAAAUGUAAAUUUAAUUUAUAGCCUGGAUUACCACAAGGAAUAUUGGAAAUCUGAAGAUCAUCUUGUGCUUUAUACUUCACCACACACUUUUUGCUGUUAAAGGGACAUUAUCCACUAGAUUUCCUUUGUAUAGAUGUUUUGUAGAUGAUCCAUUUAUAUAGCCUAUUCAGCUUUUUUUUUUUUUUUUUUAUAUAGUUUUGCUUAUUUUUAAAUAACAUUGCACUGAUUUUCAGACUCCUAACCAAGCCCCAAAGUUUUUUAGAAUACCAACGUAUACCUUCUCCAGCUUGCUCCUGUUUGUGUAAAGAGGCUUUUCAUAUGCAGAGGAAGGGGGAGAGUGUCUGCUUUUUUUUUUUUGCUGUGAAUGUCCCAACCUAACCUUUUCAACAGAGCUAAACUGGGAGCCUCUAAGUAAGUUUUUAAAAGGUUUUAUAUUGAAUGUUUAUAUCAGUAUCUGUGCAUAUUCUUCUUUAUAGUAGUGUCUAUUACAUGCAGUUAUAUGAAAACGGGUGUAUACUGUCCCUUUAAUAGCAAUAAUAGUGCUGAGUACACAUUGCCCAGUAAGCAGAAUUUACUAAUGAUAUUCUUUCCUUCCAAAAGAUCAGUAAUCGCCAGGUUUGAGAAAAUACAAAUAUUUUUAUUAGUGUUUCCAAUUUGAAAAUUUGGUUUUGUCCUAAUCUUUGUGAUUUAUAUUAAUAAAUAUUUUAUUUAAAUUGUA